UUACUGCUUAAUGAGUGAUAUUUGUUGUUUCGGGGUGGGGGGAAUCACUUUUUCAGUUGCAAAAUAUGUUAGCAUAACGUGCACCUGAAUCAUGGGGCGUAAGAGGAAGUUAGUUAAUGCGGAAGACAGCAUUUGAGAGACCACGACCAUAAAGCAAAAAUGCCUGGGACCAAAGUCUGCAUCUUGGGAUCGGGAAACUGGGGUUCUUCGAUUGCCAAAAUUGUUGGGUCCAAUGUCAGAUCAUCUAACCGGUUUGACCCAAUGGUGAACAUGUGGGUUUACGAAGAAAUGAUCGAUGGGAAGAAGCUUAGUGAGAUCAUCAACACGGACCAUGAAAAUGUGAAAUAUUUGCCUGGUCACAAGCUGCCAAAGAAUGUGGUGGCUGUUCCAGAUGUCACGGAGGCUGUGACAGGAGCAAAGUUGCUGGUUUUUGUGACCCCGCACCAAUUUAUCAGCUCAUUAUGCGACCAAAUAAAACCUCACAUUGCAGAUGGGGCCAUUGGCAUUUCACUCAUCAAAGGCAUCAACGAAGGUCAAGACCAAUUGCAGCUAAUUUCAGACAUCAUCAGAAAGAAACUGAAAAUUGAGGUCAGCGUCCUGAUGGGGGCCAACAUUGCCAGCGAGGUGGCAGAUGAGAAGUUCUGCGAAACCACCAUUGGCUCAACAAAUGAGGCAAAUGGCGUUAUCUUCAAAGAGCUGCUUCAGACUCCCAAUUUUCGCAUCACUGUGGUGCAGGAGAGUGACACAGUAGAGCUGUGUGGAGCCCUAAAGAAUAUAGUGGCAUUGGGGGCCGGGUUCUGUGACGGCCUCGGAUUCGGCGAUAACACCAAAGCUGCUGUGAUCAGGCUGGGCUUGAUGGAGAUGGUUGCCUUCGCCAAGUUGUUCUGCAAGGGCCAAGUGAGCUCCGACACCUUCUUGGAGAGCUGUGGUGUGGCAGAUCUCAUAACGACUUGCUACGGGGGACGAAAUCGCAAGGUUGCGGAGGCCUUUGUCAAAACGUCCAAGUCCAUUGCAGAGCUGGAGGCUGAAAUGCUAAAUGGUCAGAAACUACAGGGUCCACAAACCUCGGCGGAGAUAUACAAGAUUCUGCGAAAGAAGAAAAUAGUCAACAAGUUCCCACUCUUUGCAUCCAUAUACGAGAUCUGCUUUGAAGGCAAAGAGGUGAAGAAGUUCAUCACCUGCCUUCAGAACCACCCAGAACAUUUGUAGCCUAAAGUGACGACAGUAGUGUGCAGUAUUGUCUUUCUUUGGAAAUUUUGGACUACAAGGGAUCCAGAAGACUCUUGAGCUGAAACUGUACGGCCAGACAAACCAGCACUUUUAAGUUAUUAUGGAUGAGGUUUUUAUGUCUGAUUUUUAGUCAACAUUUCAAAAUUAAAGCCUUAUUCAAUCUCCA